GUCUUUAGUAAAAAUGACGCUCCGGUUUUAGAGUAGGCCUUCCAUAAAGCAGACUUUUGUUUAAAAAUAGAAACCACAAAGAUUAGACAGAAAAGCUUACAAGUUUCUUCGUGUGGAAUCAACUUCUGACCCUUCUGAUAUAGAACUGUUGCUGUCAGUGACUUGCAGCAGCACUAGGUUCCAGAUGGACCCCUCCUCUAGCAAGGGACUAUGGAACAACCCCAGAGCCACCCAGUACAGCAAGGAGACCCAGGACCUGCUGAGAUUAAUGAUGCAAGAGUCAAGGCUCACCAACCUCCAAAGAAAACAGAUCAACGAAUGCCUGAAGAAUGGAGCAGCUUUGCCUCUGAUCUCUGACUCCACAUCGUCACUUUCUCCCUGUCAGCCUAAAAAGAGUAAAUCUGUCCAGAACCUCCUGCCAGGCAAGCCACAGAGACGCACCGCCGAAUCUUGUCGUUCAGGGAACAGCUACGCCAGAGAACAGUUCCGUCCUGGUCCCACACGAGACUUAGAGAAAGAGAAGAGGAGACUCCAAAAUAUCCUUGCAACUGGACAAGAUGAGCCCAUACCUGCAUCUUCUCCAAAUGUUCCUGCAUGUCAUAACCCAGAUGUGUCAGAGGAGAGGGACCACUAUCAAGAAGUUCUGGAUGAGAUAGAGGAAAGAAGACGGUUCCUGGCAGAUAUGGCCUCUCUGGGUCAGGAGAGGCAGUACAUCAACAUCAUCAGCACUGAGAUCUCUCAGAAAAUGAGAGAACUGGAGGUGCUGGACAAGGCCCGCCAUCCCAGCAAGGAUACGCUGGCUCCCAAGGCAAGUGCAAAACAGAUGACAGAAAAUGUGGACCUGAAAGACGGCAGCAGUGACGUCUGACCACUGCCACUGAAGGAAUAACCAGCCAACACAGACUCCUAUGACAGUAUUUCAUGUAGCCCUGCUGCUGUUUUAGGACGAUGUGUUCAGCACUACAGAAGCCCUUGGUUUCAGCUGGACAGGAAGACAGGC